GUUUAAAAUGAGGAGCGGGACACUCGGUAUCCAGGAUCCCGCCCCGUCAGUUCCUCAGCCAAUCAGCAGCACUAGUCAGGUCGGCCGCUCUCUCCAACCCCCGAACAGGUGACCGCGGCGACAUAGGCCGCGGCCAGAUGUGGGGCGGGAGAACUGGCGCCUUGCUCCGGGUGCGGGGCCUGUGGCCGCCAGGGGUCCUCGGAAGGAGACCGCUAAGCUGCAGUGCUGCGUCUCUGGCGGGAAACAGUUCCCCCCAGUGUUGGAACUGCGGUGGCCCAGGGAGCCCCAUGCGUGGUGAUGGGUUCUUCUGUCCACAGUGCCGCGCCCUGCAGCCACCUGACCCCACUCGAGAUUACUUCAGCCUCCUGGACUGCAACCGUGCCUUCAGAGUUGACACAGCAAAGCUCCAGACUAGGUACCAGGAACUACAGCGUCUUGUCCACCCUGAUUUCUUCAGCCAGAGGUCUCAGACUGAAAAGGACUUCUCAGAGAAGCAUUCAACCCUGGUGAAUGAUGCCUAUAAGACCCUUCUGGCUCCCUUGAGCAGGGGACUAUACCUUCUAAAGCUCCAUGGAGUAGAGAUUCCUGAAGGGACAGAUUAUGAAAUGGACAGGCAGUUCCUCAUGGAAAUAAUGGAAAUCAAUGAAAAACUUGCAGAAGCUCAAAGUGAAGCUGCCAUGAAAGAGAUUGAAUCUAUUGUCCGAGCUAAACAGAAAGAACUGACUGACAAUGUGAGCAGAGCUUUUGAACAAGAUGAUUUGGAAAAAGCCAAGGAAAUGUUAACAAAGAUGAGAUACUUUUCAAAUGUAGAAGAAAAGAUCAAGUUAAAGAAGAUUCCCUUUUAAUGAUUACUAGUUUAAAAGUUUCAAAAAUAAA